AUGAUUUGGUUCCUCUUCCUGGCUACCCUGAGCCUGUUCACCUGCCAGGGGGCUAACGGAGACUCCGCGGCCGUGGCCGUGGUGGGCCGGGCAGGGCAGAGCGCCCUGCUGACCUGCGACCUCCUGCCACCUUCGGGACGACCCCCCCUCCACGUCAUCGAGUGGCAGCGGUUCGGCUUCCUGCUCCCCAUCUUCAUCCAGUUCGGCCUCUACUCCCCCCGCGUGGACCCACAGUACCUGGGGCGCGUGCAGCUGCAAGGUGGCGCCUCACUGCGCAUCGACGGCCUCCGUGCCGAGGACCAGGGCUGGUACGAGUGCCGCGUCCUCUUCCUUGACCGGCCAGGGCCUGAGGACGACUUCCGCAACGGCUCCUGGGUGCAUCUCGCCGUCCGUUCGCCCCCGCGGUUCCAGGAGACGCCGCCGUCGGUGCUGGAGGCCCGGGAGCAGGAGCCGCUGAGCCUAAGCUGCACCGCCGGCGGCAGCCCCCAGCCCCGGAUCGUCUGGAAGCACGACGGGCACGACCGAAAGGCGAUGGGCUCCGGGCAGGUGCAGAACGGGACCCUGCGGAUCGACCGGCUGGAGCGGGGCCACGCCGGCCUCUACACCUGCGAGGCGUCCAGCCCCGAGGGCACGGCCAUACACACCACCCGCCUGCUGGUGCUGGGGCCACCGGUGAUCGUAGGACCCCCGGAGAACAGCACGGUCAACGCCACCCAAGAUGCCCUCCUGGCCUGCCGGGCCCAGGCCUAUCCUGCCAACCUUACCUACAACUGGUUCCAGGGCGACACCAACGUGUUUCACAUCAGCCGCCUGCAGUCCCGGGUGCGGGUCCUGGUGGACGGCAGCCUCCGGCUCCAGGCCGCCCAGCCCGACGACGCCGGGCGCUACACCUGCGUGCCCAGCAACGGCCUCCCCCACCCUCCCUCUGCCUCCGCCUUCCUCACCGUUCUCUGUGAGACCCCCAAGACCACCACCCUGCAAGGGGACGCGCGGCUCCCAGGCACAAGCCCCUUCCGCCCAGAGUACAACCAUCACUCCUUCUUUUCCCACCCCCCGCCCCCAGACCCUGCCCAGGUGACCGAGAUGCCCGCAGAGACCCCCCUGCCCACAGGUAUGCGAGGUGUGAUCCGCUGCCCCUUCCGCGCUAACCCCCCCCAGCUCUUCGUCCACUGGACCAAGGACGGCCAGGCCCUGCAGCUGGACAAGGUGCCAGGCUGGUCACAGGCGGCGGAUGGCUCUGUGGUCGUGGCGGUGGCCAAUGAGGACGCAGAGGGGGAAUACACAUGCACCCCCUAUAAUAGCCAUGGCACCACAGGCCCCUCCCCACCCACCCGCGUGCAGCUCAAGAGAGUUCAGAGAAAGAGGGAUGAAGUUGGGGGGGAUGAAGAGUUUGAGAGGGCGCCCCCAGCUCUAGUGGUGCUGCCCAAGGAUGAAUAUUUCCAGGAAGUAGGGCGAGAACUGGUCAUCCCUUGUGUGGCCCAAGGCGACCCCCUGCCCACCAUCACCUGGACUAAGGAGGGACCCAGGCCACGGAGCGAGGCCCAGGUGGACGUCAACGGCAGCCUGGUCCUCCGGCCGCUGACCAAAGAGGCCCACGGGCGCUGGGAGUGCAGCGCCGUCAAUGCCGUGGCCAGUGUGGCCGCUGGCACCACUGUCUACGUGCUGGGGACCAGCCCCCAUGUCGCUACCAACAUCUCCGUGCAGCCACUGCCCACGGGGGUCAACGUAUCAUGGGAACCCGGCUUUGAUGGAGGCUACCUGCAGAGGUUCAGCGUGUGGUACACCCCGCUGCCCAAGCGGCCAGACCGGGCUCACCACGGCUGGUUAUCCCUACCGGUGCCCCUGGGCGUGGCCCACCUGCUUGUGCCCAACCUGCAGCCCCACGCCAGCUACCAGUUCAGCGUCUUAGCCCAAAACAAGCUGGGCAGCGGACCCUUCAGCGAGAUCGUGUCCUCCUCUCCAGCCGGCCUCAGGACGACCCCCGCAGCCCCUUCUGCGCCCCCGCACCUGCCCCUGUCCCCGCCGCGGGCCCUGACAGCGGCGGGCACAGCCCGGGGGGUGAUGCUGAGCUGGGAGCCUCCGCUGCUGGCCCCGGGGGGCCUGGCCAGCUAUGCCCUGGAAGGAAGGCACUAUGCCCUGGAAGGAAAGCACGGGCCCGGCGGCUGGGAGGUCCUGAACCGGGACAUCGGCGGCACCGACACGCGGCUGGUGGUGCCAGCCCUCAUCAAGGACUCCUUCUACGAGUUUCGUCUGGUGGCAUUCGCGGGCAGCUACGUCAGUGACCCCAGCAACACGGCCAACAUCUCCACGGCCGGGCUGGAGGUGUACCCGUCGCGGACGCAGCUGUCGGGGCUGCUGCCCGAGCCCGUGCUGGCCGGCCUGGUGGGCGGCCUGGCCUUCCUGGGCGCCGCCGUCCUGCUCAGCAGCAUCGCCGCCGCCUGCUGCGUGAACCGCCGACGCCGACGGGCCGCACGACACAAGCGCAGACGAGAUCCUCCUCUCGUCUUCUCCCCGCUACGGAAGUCACCUCCUCACUCGGCCGCAGGCUCCGGCAGCCCCGACAGCCUGCUGAAGCUGCAGCUCCGCCCGUCCCCGCCGCCGUCCCCGCAUGGCUCCCCGCCCCCCGGCCCGGACCUGGAGCCCAUCAGCCGCGGGCCCGACGGCCGCUUCGUGGUGGGGAGGGUGGUCGCGACCCUCCCCCCGCCCGCCCGGCGCCCGGGGUCGCCCUUCGCCACCAGCAGCAGCCCGGCGGCCCUCCCGGGGGCGGGGGCGGCCGAGGAGGCGAUGGUCCGGCCUCUCUGCAUCGUCGACAUCAGCCCGGUGGGCUCGCCCGCCCCGGCCCCCUCCCCGCCCCCGUCGGCUCUCCUGCACUACCUGAGCCUGCCCUUCUUCCGGGAGAUGAACGUGGACGGGGACGAGCCCCCCGGGCCCAUCCCCCCGCCCGACUACAUGGACACGCGGCCCCCGGACCCCCCGCCCCGACCCCCGCAGCCCCAGGCCUCCCCCCGUCCCCUCCGGGCCAGCCUGACCAGCCAGAGCAGCGGCAGGGGCAGCGCUUCCUUCCUGCGCCCGCCCUCCCUCGUGCCCUCCUCGGGGGGCAGCUACCCCAGCCCCCCGGCCCCGGAAGACACGGCCAGCUGGGCCAGCUGGACCAGCUGGGCCAGCUGGGGGGGUGGGCCCGAGGCCCGGCCAGCCAAGGAGCAUGUGGUCACCGUCAGUAAGAGGAGGAACACGUCCGUGGACGAAAACUACGAGUGGGACCCCCAGGGCCCGGAGGAGACCGAGCUGCUGGAGGCCCUGCGGAUGGUGCGGGGCGGCGGCGGGAGACCCCGGCCCGGCUCGUCCGCCGCCCUGCAGGACCGGUCCCACGCCCCUCUCUCCCCGUCCUCGCCCCUCCUCGCAGGCUCCAAAGUGUCGGAGUCCGGGCAACGCCCGGACCGUGCCCGGUGGGCGGAGACCCUGGGCAUUAGUGCCGGCGCCCGGUCCGGCCCCGAGGCCCGUUGCGCUGCCCUACGCGAGGAAUUCCUGGCCUUCCGGCGGCGGCGCGAUGCCGCCCGGGCCCGGCUGCCCUCCCGCCGGGAACCCACCGCUGCCGCCCCCUGCCCCGACCAGCCUCGUCCCGGCCCCGCCCUCGCCCCUCCUCUCCCCUCCCACCCGGAUCCUUUCAAAACCCGGGGUCCCGAGUGCAACGCGCCACUUCACUGCCGCGCCCCAGCCCCGGAUAUAGCGCUCGCCCCCGCACCCCCAGACGCACGCCAAGGGAGGACCACCCGGAGCUCCCCCAACCCCCUUUCCCUGUCGGAAGCCGGGCUGGGGGCCGGGGAUUCCCCACUCCGGGGCAGACACGUGGGAUGGGGCUGGCCGGGUGGGAGGGUGGGGAGGGGGAUCCGGGGGCAGGCGGUGGGGGGCUCCGUGGUCACCGAGGAGUUAAGGAUUUCCUGGGCAUCCCCCAACCCUCCCGUCCCCGAAACGGAGCACCACCACUUCCUGCAAUGA